GUCCAACAUAGGCGUUGAGAUGAUGAAGCACCUGAAGGACAUUGCUGUCUCCCAGUGCAACACUAAAAUGUGAGAAAGAAAAGGCCCCAUCAGGCCUGGGAGGAAUCUGUGUUAGAAACAACAGAACAACAAGAUGAAAGGAACCUCGGGCCCCAACCCUGUACUACGUGUUAGCCCAGGCCUCUUCACUCGGAAACUAUCCCCUGAGGAGGAAAUCAUUUCUGCAGAGAGUGAAAACGUGAGAAAGAAAUGUGAGAUCGGAACGGAGAUUUCUAUACCUAGCGGUUACACUUUACGAGGAAGGUGGGUAACAGCGCAAUGCACCCAGCACCUGUUCAACUCAAGUCAGAUAAAUGACUGUUUGAAAGGAAAGCUCAUUUACCUCCUGGGAGACUCCACGGUGCGCCAGUGGAUUGAGUACCUUCCCAAGGUUGCAAAAACACUGAAGCCUUUUGACCUUCAUGGGACUGGACGGUUUAAGAAACAUUUGCUUUUGGAUGCUGAAAGGCACACACUAGUUGAAUGGAAGAAACACAGCCAUCCUUUCAUCACUAUCAAUCUCUACUCUGUGAUAGAUGAUGGCUAUAUCCCUCAGGAAAUUGACCGCUUACAGGGCGACAACGAUACUGUCAUAGUCAUUACCUGGGGCCAGCACUUCAGACCCUUCCCCAUGGAACUUUUCAUUCAUAGAGCCAUCAGUAUCCAAAAGGCUAUUGAACGGCUCUUCCUCAGAAGCCCUGAUACUAAAGUCAUCAUUAAGACAGAAAAUGUUAGGGAAAUGAACCUAGAUACAGAGAACUUCGGAGACUUCCAUGGAUAUAUUCAGUAUCUAACUACAAAGGAGAUUUUCAAAGACCUUCAUGUAGGUAUUAUUGAUGCCUGGGACAUGACCAUUGCAUUUGGUUCUAAUAUUAUCCAUCCACCUAAUGAAGUGAUUGGAAAUCAGAUUGACAUGUUUUUAAACUACAUUUGCUAAAGAUACAUCACUAGGAGCCAAUGUCUCCAGCCAGACUCUGUGUUUCAUCAGGGAAGUUUUUAUUCAAUUUAGAAUUUUAAAAAAAAUCAAAUUUAAAAGAAUCUGUUUGGAAUAGAGAUGCAGCUAAGCUGAGAGGGUAUUUGUUCAGCAUGCAUGAAGCCUACAGUUCAACCUUCAGCAUCACAUAAGCAGGGCAGAGUGGCACAUGCUUGUAAUUCCAAGACUCAGGAAGAUCAGGGGUGAAGGUAAUCUUUGUUAUACAGUUAGGCCAAGAAGAGCCUGGGCUAUAUGAGAACAUUCCUUGAUUAAAAAUAAUAGUCACAAUUGUGACAGGAAACAUACUUAAAAACUGUGACUCCAGAGAGGGACUACAAAGCCAAGAACACUAGGCGGGAAGGACAACCAUAGAAUAUACUGUCUAUCUCUGUAUUGAUAAGCAGCUUUAUUCGUUAGUCAAACUUGAAUCAUGAUUUCUGUUCCUCUUGGAUAAGCCAAAUGACAGGAAGUGUCAAAGAGAGCAGCGUGUCAUUGUCAUUAUUCUCUAAGGGGUUUUUUUUAUUAUUAUUUAAAAAAAACCUUUUUUCUGCAAAAGAACAGAAAGUAAGUUUUCUAGGUUUGGAGGACUAUAUCUUACCUCUGUCACCACUAUUCCAUUCUGCCACCAAGGUACAAGACAAGACAAAAAUGUAAGCAAAUAAAAAUGUUUUUGUUUUAAAAAAAAACAGUAAUAAACACUGAAAAUUGAAUCUUA